AAACAGCUCUGACAGUUUAUGGAUUCGUUCGCAAUCACAACUCGUGAUUAGCUUACCGCUUUCCAUUUACUAAUCCCAGCCAGGCCGAAAGCACCUUGUCGGUGGUUGUUGGAUGCUCUCGAAGCCAACAUCUCCCGUGUCUCGGUUAUCACAUCCCCUCUUUAUCAAGCAACCCGACCAAGAUGCCCAUGAAGACUCCUGAAUCCGUCCUCAAGAAGGAGGCAGCUCAAAAGAAGCAAGCCGACGCUAAGGCUGCCGCUGCUGCCGAAGCCGAGAAGAAGGCCGAGACGGAUAUUGUCAAGUUCAAGGCCAACUCCAAGAAGUACGACGAGGAGUACGAAGCCGCCCAGAAGGAAGCCAUUGAGAACCGUCGUAAAGCCAAGGCAUCCGGUGGUUUCUAUGUUCCCGCCGAACCCAAGGUUGCCCUUGUGAUUCGUAUUCGAGGUAUCAUUGGAGUGCACCCCAAGGCCAAGAGGGUGAUGCAGUUGUUCCGUCUCCGCCAGUUGAACAAUGCCACCUUUGUCAAGUUGAACGAAGCCACCAUUCGUAUGCUUCGUCUCAUUGAGCCCUAUGUGACUUAUGGAUACCCCACUCGUUCUACCAUCCAAAAGCUCAUUUUGAAGAGAGGAUUUGGAAAGCUGAAUAACCAACGUAUCCCCCUUGGAGAGAAUACCGUCGUAGAAGAGGGAUUGGGCAAGUUGGGUAUCUGCUGUGUGGCCGAUCUCAUCAAUGAGAUUUACACCGUUGGUCCCAACUUCAAGCAAGCCAAUAACUUUUUGUGGCCCAUGAAGUUGAGCAACCCCAAGGGAGGAUUCUCGAGCAAGACCAAGUUGUUGCACUUUUUGGAAGGUGGAGAAGCUGGUGCUCGUGGUGAAGAGAUCAACAAGUUGGUCAAGAAGAUGAUCUAAAAAGAAAGGAAGGAUAGUUAUAACUCAAUCCCUUACGCAUAACCCCUGAAAAUCCAACCCUGUUAUCACCAACGCGAUUCGAUUCUGAAUGAAUCGAAUUGCAAGCACCCAGCCUUCCUCGGAAGGUUGGGUGUUGGUGGGGGUGGUUCAUUAUGCAACUGACUGUAGCACUACACUUUCAAACUACUUAUAUACAUACACGGAGACCUGUCUACCUCUAGAGUUGCGCGUUUUCGUCCGACGUUCUCUGGUGGCUAUUGCAUUAGUGAACCUGGGAGUAAGGACAGUUUGCCUGGGAUUGGUGUUUAUUUAGGUUGGUGUGGUAUGUUUGUGUUGGUUGAACUUUGCUUGGUCUGUUAAAAGGUUCUUUGCGGUAUCCAACAAUCAACCUCUCCCUGGUCGCGACGGGUUGGACAGAACAUGUUUCCAUUAUUUGAAGUCUCGCCGGCUGCUGAGCCCUGCUGAAGUCUCCGGCUACCUUUGGACCCUGCUUUGAUCCACUCGAGUAACGGUAAAUCAAAUAGUCAGAAACUCCGCAAUAAACUGCAAAAAGGUGUCGUUUCCUACA